AUGCAUGAGCAAAAUCACCUGUGGAAACACCUGUGGAAGCACCUGUGGAAGCACCUGUGGGAGCACCUGUGGAAGCACCUGUGGGAUCACCUGUGGAAGCACCUGUGGAAGCACCUGUGGGAGCACCUGUGGAAACACCUGUGGAAGCACCUGUGGGAGCACCUGUGGAAACACCUGUGGAAGCACCUGUGGGAGCACCUGUGGAAGCACCUGUGGGAGCACCUGUGGAAGCACUUGUGGGAGCACCUGUGGAAGCACCUGUGGGAGCACCUGUGGAAGCACUUGUGGGACCACCUGUGGAAGCACCUGUGGGAGCACCUGUGGAAACACCUGUGGGAGCACCUGUGGGAGCACCUGUGGGAGCACCUGUGGGAGCACUUGUGGCAGCACCUGUGGGAGCACCUGUGGGAGCACCUGUGGGAGCACUUGUGGGAGCACCACCCGCACCUGAGGCCAACUGGUCGUAAAUCAAGUGCUCCGUGA